AUGAAGGAUUCAGCAGCCCUGGAAGAGGCGGGACUAACGGUGCAGCAGGGUAGCAAGCCUAACCCGAGACUACUCGUUCGUGGUGUCAGAACGGAUCGUAGAACGACUAGUUGCGUAAUCGAGGUAACACCGGAGAUUCGUAAUGUCUUGAUGAAGGAAGAGCAUAUCUUUAUCGACUACUCUGUCUGCAGAGUCACUGAUUAUGUAAGAGUAACGCAGUGUUACAAAUGCCUCGCUUUUGGUCAUUUUGCAAACAAAUGCAAAUUGGUGGCACUGUGCGGGCACUGUGCUGGUGAACAUGAAACCAAAGAUUGUGAGGAUAGAAGGGGUCGUCCAGUAUGUGGAAAUUGCAAGAGAUGGUCAUCAGGCGAGAGCACGGCACAUUCUGCGUUGGACAGCAAAAAUUGCCCUAUUCUACGACGGAGGAUCAUAGGCAAAGGGUAUCAGCUGCUUAGAGGUGAUAGAGUGGGCAAGGGUGGAGGCGGUGUAGCUGUCUUUGUGGCGAAUAACUUGCAUUGCAGGAUUGUUCGGCGAUCUGAGGGGACUUUCUGCGGAAAGCCCGAAUACUUGCUUGUUGAAAUCUCGCCGAGAGCUGGUUGUAGGCUACUUCUCGCUGUUGUUUAUAGACCGCCUCACUGCGGGUAUCUAUCGGACUUCUUCGAUGUUUUCUCUGAUCUGUCAGCCUCCUACAAGCAUGCCGUGAUAUUAGGCGAUUUCAAUGCUUUUCUAGCAAACUCGUAUGACGCCGAGCAGAUUCGGUCCUUCGUUGCCUCGUCUAGUCUGUACUUGAUUCAACGUCACAUCGCUAGGACUAUCAAGGUCAGAGAUUUCAAAGACUUCAAUGUAGACAGUUUCAUCAACGAACUGAACGCAUGUAAUUGGAGCGAGGUGUAUCAGACAAACGAUAUAGAUGGCAAGAUGGAAUUAUUCAACAAUUUUUUGAUGCACUGCUACGACAGGCAUGCUCCGCUUAAAACAAUACAGCAUAAACAUCUACCGGGGCCAUGGCUAACUACCGACAUUAAAGCCAUUAUGAGAGAGAGAGAUCUGGCGCGAAGAAGAUGGAGAAGACACAAAACGGAUAUAAACUAUGAGCUAUAUAAGACACUCAGAAAUAGAGCACGCAUGCUGGUGAGGGCGGCAAAGAGUGCUUACUAUAAUAAAAUUCUUGAUGAUACCCGUGAAUCGAGGGCACUAUGGAAAAGGCUAAGGCAUCUUGGCCUGAUUAAACAAAGAUCCGUUGAGGUGAGGCUUCUCUUUCCGGUUGAGGAACUCAAUAACUAUUUCUCUGGAGCGCCAAAUAGUCAACAAGUGGAGUCGGUAAAUAAAAUCUAUUUGGGUGAAGAAAUCUAUGGGGACACUAAAUUUUACUGGAGUGACAUCACCCCGCGGGACAUCUGCUCGGCUAUUCGACGAAACAAGUCCAUGGCUAUCGGUUGUGACAACAUUUCGCAAAAGCUUAUUGCAUCGGCUUUGCCUUGCAUUUUGCCAAUCUUGACGCAUCUGUUCAAUUUCUGUUUCUCACGUGGAGUAUUCUCGAGUGUGUGGAAGUUGGCGGUCGUUUGUCCGCUACCAAAGAUGAAGUGUCCUACGAAACUUGCCGACUAUAGGCCAAUUUCGGUUAUGUGUGCAAUUGCCAAAGCGAUGGAGCGUAUCGCUGCUGAGCAAAUCACGCGAUUCGUGGAACAGCAUGGUUUUCUGGAUCCUUAUCAAGCGGCAUAUCCUAGAGGGCAUUCCACUCAAUCGGCGGUGAUCGGAUUCUUGGACAAUGUUAGACGUGCUGCGGACAAGGAAGGUAACGGUGGCUAUCUUUCUGGACUUCACAAAGGCGUUCGAUAA